AUGGCUGCUGUAAUUAUUAUACUUUUUGUUUUGUAUUCAUCUAUAAUGGCAACAACCACAUCAAAUAUUCAUCCGUGCUAUAUGGAAACCUAUAACGAAACGUUAAAUAUUCGAAAUUGUUUAGAUUCUCCUAUAGAAAUUGAAACAACACGUUGUCGUGGUCAAUGUUAUUCGGAAGAUUUUUUAAUUCAUGAUUGGCAAUCUGAAUCAACGUCCUACCGACAUAAUCAUCGUAUUCAUUGUUGUAUACCAAAUAUGACAAUUCCUCGUCAGAUUCUCGUAAUAUGUAAUAAUCAACAACAACGUAUUAUAAACUAUCCGUCUGUUACACGAUGUGAUUGUAAAUCAUGUACUGACAACUGUCGAGAUUAA